AUGUCGGCCGCCUCCUAUGAGUCCUCUCCGGCGGCCUAUGACCGAACGGCCGAGCUCCGCGCGCUGGACGACACCUACGCCGGCGUGCGUGGCCUCGUCGCCUCGGGCGUAACCCACGUCCCGCGCAUCUUCCGCGUCCCCGACCAGCACCACCAGCCACCGCAGGACGCCACCGUCCCGGUCCGGGCCGGCCAAGAACCGGCAGCCAUCCCGAUAAUCGACCUCCGGUGCGGUGACCACGCGGCCGUGGUGGCUGCCAUCCGGCAGGCCGCGGCAGAGUGGGGGUUCUUCAAGGUGAUCGGACACGGCGUGCCGGAGGCUGCGAUGGCCAUGGCGAUGGACGCGGUGCGGGCAUUCCAUGAGGCCGAUGGUGGCGAGGGCAGCGACAAGGCAAGGCUCUACUCGCGUGAGCCGGCGAGGGCGGUCAAGUACCACUGCAACUUCGACUUGUAUCAGUCGCCCGUGGCCAACUGGCGCGACACGCUCUACCUCCGCAUGGCGCCCACCCCGCCUGAUGCCGGUGACUUGCCGGACAACUGCCGCGAUGUGUUAUUUGACUAUGCCCACCAAGUGAAGAAUUUGGGAAACACUUUGUUCGAACUGCUUUCGGAAGCUCUUGGGCUCAAACCGAGCCACCUCGCAGAUAUCGAGUGCAACCAAGGAAAGGUCUUACUAUGCCACUAUUACCCUCCCUGCCCGCAGCCUGAACUCGCCAUCGGGACAAGCCGACAUUCAGACGGCGGCUUCCUUACCAUACUUCUCCAAGACGAAAUUGGCGGCCUCCAGAUCUUCAACGACGAUCAAUGGGUAGACGUCACCCCAACGCCCGGGGCAUUCAUUGUUAACAUCGGUGAUCUCUUACAGUUGAUCUCCAAUGAUGGGUUUAGGAGCGUGGAACAUAGGGUAUUGGCAAAGGACGUUGCUCCACGAGUCUCCAUCGCGUACUUCUUCGGCACACAUAUCGAUCCAACCUCGUCGAGGAUUUACAGUCCAAUUAAGGAGUUGUUAUCUGAUGAGAACCAGCCAUUAUAUAGGGAAACCCUCGCUAGUGAUUAUAUCAAACAUUACUACUCCAUUGGGUUAGAUGCGAAAACUGCUCUUUCUCACUACCGGUUAUGA